CUGAAAUGUUCAGUGUGUUGACGUCAGUCUGAGAACAAGCAGGACAGUCAAACUGAAAUAGCUCAGCAGGGAACGAGCUUUUGACUGCAUAAUGGCAGAUAAUGCGUGUGACUGCUGGAAAACACCUCAGGAAGCUCACAAAUGGUUCAUGUGUGUGUUUGAAAGUGAGGAGGAAAAGUAACAUUCAGCUCUGACACAACUUCUUUGGAUCCAGGACACAGUGACGGCAAACAGAGAUCUGUGGUUACUCUGCAACAGCUGGUAGAGACGACGACGUGGGAACCGCUUCACCGAUUAGAAACGGACUACAGUAAGAAUGGUUUCAAUCAAAGCAGUGUGGUUUGGUUUUAUUCCUCUGGUUUCAUGCUGCACUGUGAGCCAGCCGGGAUUCACACCCCUCUAUGAGGACUUGAUGGAAAUCAACUCACCCAGGCUUUAUGGAAGAGAGAAAAGAGAAGUUCCAACAAAUACCAAUGAUUAUGAGUUCCAAGCUGUUCUAGGCCUUUCUGAGCUGGAGGUUCUUGAACUGUUUCUGAAGAACCUCAGCUUCCCCAUACUGAUCAACAGCACAAGUCAAAUUUCCAGCAUGGACACAACAACAGUAUGCUCACCUAAUGUAACAGGGUACCAGUGUGUGUGUGAGGAGAACUUUGCCUGGUCUAAUAACAACUGCAUUGCAUACAGAGUGUGUGACGUCAUGCUUGGUGACACAUGUGGCUGCAUUAAUGACCUGCCAGCUGAUGGUCAGUUCUGCCAGCCGAACAGCAGCCAAAUAGACGCUGUGGACAUCAAUGUGGGCAUCGUCGUGUUCAUCCCGACCUCCAGUGUUUCGUCAAGCAUAUUCAGCUCCUUCAGAAGUACUCUGCAAAACAUUUCCUUCCCAUUAACCCUCUCUCAGUCUGUGGGAGUGAAAGAGAUGUCCUUCACCACAGCCUGUGAUCCAAACUCUGCUAAUGGACUCCAGUGUCAAUGUGAGAGCGGCUUUGCUUGGCCAUGUGACACGUGUAACAGCAGCAACUCAUGCAACAAUCAAACCUGUACAUGUUUAUAUGGACUUCCUCCCAAUGAUGAGUUCUGUCAGCCGGUCUCAAAUGCCACUACAUGUGAUUUAACUCCUGUACCUCCAACAGCGACAUCAACACCAACAAUAAAUUAUUCAACUCCAGACAAUAAAGUUACAAACACAACAUUAUCUAAAGGAUUGAAAGCUACUGUUGUAGCCAUGGAAAUAUUAAUAAUACAAAAUGAAACUCUGAAAAGUUCAACACCAGAUCCACCAGUGAUACAUGCAACCACAUCAAUAUUACCAAACACAACAUUAAAUGGAACCACACUAGAACCAAAUCAAAUUGUUCUUUCGAUUAGUGAAACAGAUCCUUACACAACAGUGACAAACGUAACCACAGCAGGAAUAGUAAAUGCACCUACCCUGGGAAUAACCCCAAACACAUCAAUUUCAAAUACUACCGCACCAGAGCGAAGUCAAAACAAAACAAUGGGAAAUGCAACGUCACCGGAAACAACCCCAAGCACGACAGACGCUCAUACAUAUUCAUCAGAAACAACACUGAAUAGUGGAUUCAUAGAUGCAACUUCGUCAGGAAUGAACCUGAGCACAAGAGUGACAAAUAAAACCACAGUAGACCAAAGACAAAACACAACAAUGGGCAAUACAACGUCACCAGAAACAACGCCAAUCACGACAGACGCUCAUACAUAUUCAUCAGAAACAACACUGAAUAGUGGAUUCAUAGAUGCAACUUCAUCAGAAAUGAACCUGAGCACAAGAGUGACAAAUAAAACCACAGUAGACCAAAGACAAAACACAACAAUGGGCAAUACAACGUCACCAGAAACAACGCCAAUCACGACAGACGCUCAUACAUAUUCAUCAGAAACAACACUGAAUAGUGGAUUCAUAGAUGCAACUUCGUCAGGAAUGAACCUGAGCACAAGAGUGACAAAUAAAACCACAGUAGACCAAAGACAAAACACAGCAAUGGGAAAUACAACGUCACCAGAAACAAUACUUGAUAUAGCGACAGAUGUAUCCACAACACAAGCAGCAGUUAAGACAACUUCAAAUGCAGCUACACUAGAAAUAACGACAACGAUACAUCCAUCUUCAUUAGGAACCAUGUUAAACACAACAUUAGUAGAUGCAACCUCACCAGGAAUGGUUAACAGAACACUAAAACAGUUUAAUGGAAUCUUCACAAUUAACAUGGAUUUCGAUAACUCAUACAACAAUCCAUCCAGUAAAGUUUAUGCAGAUAUCUAUGAUGCAGCUGAACGCAGCUGUCAGAGGUUUCUGUCAAAAACAUGUGAAGUCCAGAGUUUGACCUUCAGGAGUGGAAGUACCAUCACUUACUACACCCUCGCCGCCUCCUCUGGUGACGCUUCACAAGUUAAAUUAGCAAAAGACGAAAUGUUAAAGCGCCUGUCAGAAUUAUACCCGGUGGAGUUUGUCAUGGAAGAAGUUAAUACCACGACUGCAUUUUCUGGGGAAGAGAUGAGAUUAACCUGUGGCCCUCCUCCUGAAGACCUCAAUUUUACUGUGGUCACAAGCGUAGAGUGGACACACAUGGGUAGAGUCACUGGAGAAGGGAUUUCUUUGGAGAACAGACAGUCGGUCCUAACGCUGCCAUCUUUUUUUCCAGUGAAUGAUGGGAUUUAUGUCUGCAAAUUAAAACGGGGAGACAAUUCAACUUUCAAACAGAGCAUCAAUGCCAAAGCCAUUCCUAUCCCUCAAAUCGUCGUGAACCCGGUUAAGAUAUCGGUGGAUUGCGAGACACCGUCCCCUGUGCCACUGGACUGCUCUGUCAACAACGGCCACACGGUUACAUUUCUAAACACAGAUGUCGGGGCGGCUUCUCACGUCACCCACGAAUAUACGGUGAAAAAUUGUUCAAUUAAAGAGAAGAUCUUCACCUGUGAAUCACAAAACUCAUCCAGAUUUACAAAGAAUAUCACACUGAUGUUCAAUCCAUCAGACAAUAUUACAUGUCGCGAUGACACUUACGGUAACGGACCGAUAGGUUUUAUGGCCGUGUUGGGCUGCACACAGAGGAAGGUGGGAGAAAAAACAGCCGUUUGUCAGCCAGACGGUAAAUAUGGACAGAUCCAAGACAAGUGCGUUUUAGAAGUUGUGAAGAACCUGCUGGAUCAAUCUGAGGUUUUGAAUGAACUCACUCUUCCACUGUUCGUCAAGCAACUUUCCAAUGUGACUGUUGACUUUACUGAUGCAAUAAUUGACUCUCCGGCCGACAUUGAUGCCAUCGUGAAGAUCCUUUCUAAUGUAGCAAAUUUGUCAUCAUCUUUAGGAAUUAAAAUAGAACAAGAUUCCAUGAAGAACAUCCUGGAAACUGCGGGCACACUCACUGUUGGCGAGGAAUCGUGGAAAACCCUCAACAACAACAACAACACAAGAAACAUUUACGAAAUAAAAACAGGCGUCAAAGUAAAAAGUGCCAGCUCUUCACUACUGUACUCUAUUGAAAGAAUCACAUCCCGUCUCGUUAACAAGUCCUUCAGCAUUGAAACGCCCCAUACGCGUUUGAACAAAUCCACGUUCGUGAAUUCCUUCAGUGGCGACUUAAACUCCUCGGUGAAAAUAGGCAUACCCAACACUGACAGACAAAAUCACUGGAUAACUACCAUAAUAUUUGCUUCCAUGGAUAAUGUGCUUCCUGCCAGGGAUAAAAGCAAUUCGUCAUCCAAAGACAUCAAUGGAAAGGUUGCACUUCUUUGGCCCGAUAACAAAAUCACAAAUAUUUCUUUAGCAUUUGAUGUUCUAGACGAUAGGAUGAUAAAUCCUGAAUGUGUUUUCUGGGAUUUCAACCUCUUUGACGGUCUUGGAGGAUGGAACGACGAUGGCUGCAUGCUGGUAUCCCAUGAAAACAGAAUGACCAGCUGCCAGUGCAACCACACAACCUCGUUUUCUAUUCUCAUGUCACCCAACAGGACUGAUCAUUAUAUAUUAACCUACAUAACAUACAGUGGAAUUGCAUCUUCCAUUGUUUCCUUGAUUAUAUGUCUAAUCAUUGAAGGCAUAAUUUGGAAAACAAUUGGGGACAACAUGACGUCGUACUUUCGUCACGUCUCCAUCGUCAACAUCGCUCUGUCCCUCCUGAUUGCAAACAUUUGGUUCGUCAUUGGAGCGGCCAUUUCAGACGCAGACAAGAAGAAUCCUCUGGCCUGCACAACCGCCACCUUCUUCAUCCACUUUUUCUACCUGGCCCUGUUCUUCUGGAUGUUAGCCUCGGCCCUGCUGCUGCUCUACCGGACUCUCAGUGUCUUUGACAGAGGGCUGUCUAAACUAACCAUGCUGAUCAUCGGAUUCUCUUUGGGAUAUGGAGCGCCGCUGAUCAUUACAACAAUAACCAUAGCUGUUACUCCCUCAAAUCACUACACUGGAGAAAAAAAUGCCUGCUGGCUCACCUGGGAUACGCAUAAACCGUUACUGGCGUUUGUGAUCCCUGCCCUUACUAUAGUGGCUAUAAACAUCAUGAUCCUGAUUCUGGUGAUAUCCAAAAUGUUGAGGAGAAGAGUCGAAGUGAUUGGAGCCCAAGCAAGAGAGAGGCACGCACUGUUGGUUAUCAUCAGGUGUUCGGCUGUACUAACACCGAUUUUUGGUGUAACUUGGGCUUUGGGAAUCGGAACUAUGGUUUCUCCAGAUAACUUUGGACUCCAGGUUGCAUUUGCAGUAUUAAAUACACUUCAGGGUUUCUGCAUUCUGAUGUUUGGAACUCUGUUGGACAAAAGGGUAACAUCAGAGCUAGCAAAGAAAUUCUCCUGCCAGAGAAAGACAAAGACCACAGGUUCAGAAUCCGUCACUCUGGGAAGGUUUUUCUGGAAGUUAAGAAGAUCCUCAGUUUCCCAAAAAGGCCAUCAUUCGUCUUUUGAAGGAUCCUGUGAUUGAUCAUCCAACUAAUGACGCCUCCGUCUGAGCCAAACGGCCUUAAAGGCCCAGUGAUGGAAGCACUAGUUUAAUUUUUGAUAUGUUUUUAAAGCCUUAAGCUUGAUGUAUGUCCUUGUUGUUUAUGUUUAAGGUGAUAUUAAACAUGGCAGAGCAGUGUUACGUCUGCCUGUUUGUUACAGUCUGUCAGAAUCAGUUGUUUCAGGUAAAUGAAUACGUGUUUGGUAAAUGUCAAAGUGGGUUGAGAAGUGAAUGCUUCUGUUUUUAUAAUUUCUAUGUUUGACUCGGAAUCCAUAAUGCAUUCCGUUACCUCAAUAUUAUGGAAACCUGAACUGAACGUGGGGUAUAUCAUAUUUAUUAUGUGCUUUCUAUUGUUUUUUUUUUCUUUUUGAUUUUUUUUGUACAUUCAAGCAAAUGCUGCUUGAGCUUUUGAUGAUAUGGUUUGUUGAAAUAGGCUGAUAUUACUUAAAACAUGGGAGCCUUGACCCAUUUAUUUCUGACUGAUCAUUUUCCUUUUUACAAAUUAUAACCAUUUCAUUUUGCUAAUAAAAAUAUCUCACCCAAAACUAGUGAUCCAACUUUAGUCACGCAAAUUUCUGCAAGAGCAACAAAGUCUUUCUUGAAAUAACCUUGUAAACUAUUUUUGGAAGUUUCAAUCUGUAAGAUCUGUUUCCAUAAAGUACAUCUUUUUAUUUUCUAUACUUACAUGAUCCUGUUCAGGAUUUUUCAAAGGAAGGUUUAUUAUGUACUUCCCAGGAAUAUGAUGCCACUUUAUAGUACAGUAAAGUAAUUGUUACCUUUAGUUAUUAAAAUGCUGUAUAUAAUAAAUAUGACUUAAACUAUGCCUGUUUCUUUAAGCUCCUCCUCUUUCCUACAGUCCCUUGUCAUUAUGACGUUCCUCUCUU